UGUUGCCAAGCCUGUGUUUAUGUAGUUGUGAAGAGUAACACGUAGAAAGGGCUGUGACUGAAGAAGUUGUGCUAAUAUUCUGUGGGAAUUAUAGUUGCUUUCUGUGUGAUGUAGUGAGUGCUGCUGCUUCCUGUCAUCCCUCAUGGCACGUUGAGGAAUGCGGCUGAUUUCUUCAUGACGUAAACAGGAUUCCCAUCCUUUCGAAAACAUCGGCAGACAGUGCACUGAUUCAUUCUUAAUCUACUUCAAAUUCCUUAAAAUACUAGUUGCAAAAAGUUGUGGACUCCAUUACUGAAACUGGAAUUUGAUGGGUUCAGAUCAAGCAACCAUAGACUCGGUUAUAACUCUGAAUGUUGGUGGUAGCCUAUAUACCACCACCCUUGAAACCCUAACUAAGUACCCCAAUUCCAUGCUUGGGGUAAUGUUCAAAGGGCAGCUCCCAACCAUGACAGAUAGUCAUGGGAGGUAUUUCAUUGACAGAGAUGGAAAGGCAUUCCGAUACAUCCUAAACUACCUGAGAACAAGCUUCUUGGACCUCCCGGAAGACUACAGUGAGACAGAACUUCUAAAACGAGAAGCUGACUUCUACCAGAUCCAGUCCCUACUUCAGGAGAUCUCACUGUGGGAGUCUCAGAAGCUAAAAGCAAGACAAAAUGCCAUCUUACACUUUGACAGCAUCAGUGAUUCAAGGCUGCUGCACUUUAACUUGAAAAAGGAACCUGGAAACUAUGAGCUGUCAAACUGUAUAAUCCAGCUUAUUACUGUGAACCUAUUUUGUACUGAUUAUGCAGUCGUACAGUUACUCUGUAACAGCUUCGUAUAUGGAGAUGAAGAACCUCAACAUGCACAUGACUGUGAAAAUCACCUGAUGCUGCAAUGGGCACCCCGGCCAACAGAACUGCCCUUACACCAAUACCAGAAACACAAAUUCCGUCCGCUCAAGGUUUACCCAGAUGGCAAAGAGGUCCUCAGUAUUAGUGAUUUUGUGAAGGAGCUGCUGAUGUUUGUUGUAAAACAGGGCUUUCAAGUAGAUACCCUAUUUCCUGACCCUGCUGAUAUUCUAAACUGCCAUUCCUUACGAUUCGUCCGAUAUGGAUCUCACCAUGUUCUGCAGUAACUGUAUGAUUCAAAGGUUUCAUGUCUUAAUCUGCUGAAAAAUUAUUGCCUUUCCUGGGCAGAUUUACAUAACCAGAGGAACUGACAGAAUAUAAACUCAUUUACAGACUGUGUUACCACAGGUCACAAUGCUGAGGGGCCGACUGACCUGCUUGUUAUAAAUCCUCCACUGAAGUCUGAGGUCAUGAAUUGAUGAAUAUUAACUGCAGGAACAUUCACAGAACACUGAAAGUUGCAACAAUCUACUUUGUGCAUAUUUCAGGCAAAACUGCAUGCAUAUAAACUCCAAUUGACUGAUAGCAGGCCUUCGACAGAUUAUGACAAUUUGUGGUGAAAUGCACAGCCAUGUUUUGUUUACAAGUUUAUGAAUGCUGAGGUAUUCUUUGCAGGCCUUAAACAAAGUGUUAUAAUUCAUGAAGGUACACAUGUUUUGUUUACUAAACUGUGGAGGUUUCAUUCAAAACUGAUUUACAUUGG